AGUGCUUCGUCUGUGUAUCAUCUUAUGUAUGACACUUGCAGCAGUACCAGUUCCUUCUUCCCUCUACCCUUCGCCUGGUUGGUGGCAUGUCUCACCGUAAGUUCCAUGCCCCACGUCACGGGCACAUGGGGUUCCUGCCCCGAAGGCGCAGCAAGAGGCACAGAGGUAGGGUCCGCACGUGGCCAAAAGACGACCCCAGCCACCCUGUCCACCUCACUGCCUUCCUGGGAUAUAAGGCUGGGAUGACACACACUGUGAGGGAGGUUCACCGCCCUGGCCUUAAGGUGUCCAAGCGAGAGGAAGUGGAGGCUGUAACCAUCAUUGAGACCCCUCCCGUCAUUGUGGUGGGGAUUGUGGGUUAUAUUCGGACGGUCCGGGGUUUGCGUGCUCUGAAAACAAUCUUUGCUGAGCAUCUCAGUGACGAGUGCAGGCGUAGAUUUUAUAGGAACUGGGCGAAGAGCAAGAAAAAGGCGUUCACCAAAUACAGCAAGAAGUGGCAGGACGAGACUGGAAAGAAACAGCUGGAAAAGGAUUUUAAUCUGAUGAGGAAGUACUGUUCAGUCAUCAGGGUUAUUGUUCACUCUCAGAUGCGACUGCUGCCCAUAAAGCAGAAGAAGGCUCACAUUAUGGAGGUGCAGCUAAAUGGGGGCACGGUCUCAGACAAAGUGGACUGGGCCAAGGAGCACCUGGAGAAAGCUGUGCCCAUUUUCGCUGUCUUUAGCCAGGAUGAGAUGAUUGAUGUCAUCGGAGUCACCAAAGGCCAUGGUUUCAAAGGAGUGACCAGUCGCUGGCACACAAAGAAGCUCCCCAGAAAGACCCACAAGGGGCUGAGAAAGGUGGCCUGCAUUGGCGCCUGGCAUCCUGCACGCGUGGCCUACACUGUGGCUCGAGCUGGUCAGAAAGGCUAUCAGCACCGUACUGAGAUCAACAAGAAGAUAUUCCGUAUUGGCAGAGGAGUUCACAUCCAGGACGGGAAGGUGGUGCGAAACAAUGUCUCCACGACCUACGACCUGAGUGAGAAGACCAUCACUCCAAUGGGAGGUUUCCCCCACUAUGGUGAAGUGAAUAACGAUUUUGUCAUGGUGAAAGGUUGUGUUGUAGGCGUUAAGAAACGUGUCCUCGCACUCAGAAAGUCUUUGCUCACACAAACAUCACGCAGGGCCAAGGAGGCCAUUGAUCUCAAGUUUAUCGACACUACAUCUAAAUUUGGCCAUGGGCGCUUCCAAACAGCCCAAGAGAAAAGAGCCUUUAUGGGGCCACUGAAAAAACAUUCACUGAAGACGAUGCCGCCACCCCUUCCAGAGGACGUCUGAGAGAAGAACAAAUGUUCUUGCUG